AUGUCGUGUCGUCAAGCCUGCGCGAGCUGCUUCAACGUCGGAUAUGCAGUAGGGGGUCUAAAUUAUGGCUUACCGAUCCACCGUGUGAUGCCUUGUGGUCACGUCUUCUGCAAACCUUGUAUCACUCAGCGUUGUGCUCUGGCAUUAACGAAUCGAGCUCUUGUUCCUGCGCAUUGUUGCGGUAUGGAAUUUCCGACCGAGUACGUUAUGGAAGCACUAGAGCACACGAGCUACAACACUUACUCGCGGCUCUUGAGCGAGCGUCAGUGGAUCAACUCUACCCUUCGAUCUGAUGUCGAGUAUGCCGCGACGGUGAAGAAAGAAUGGGUGGAUGCAGUGUUUAAUUUCCGGAACUGA